GCGUUAAUCCAGGCAACCUAGCGCUGGAUGAACGUUUUCCUCCGACGCACUCAUCAUCUGUCAAGGCCCGUGCGUGCUCGCCUUUCGGUAGUCCCACCGGCCUUGUUUCCGUCAAAAUACAGUUCUUCUCUCUCAUUCACUUCCAUCAUAUUGUUGGGUUCAACAUCACCUCCUGCGGUAACAACAAUGGCGGACUUCUCCGACAAAGGAUCGAGUACAUCAUCCGCCGACUGGAGCGACGAAGAAGGGGAUGAGUACUUGGCCAAGGCGCUUUCUUCCGACGAGUACCUCCAAGGGUCUAGCCGUUCCUCGUCAUCGACACUCCCUCCACCGCCGCCGCCGGCAAGCAUGGCUGGUGAUGCUGGAGGGACACCACGGGUUACCGCAGGAAGGAGGGGGACAAUUUUGGUCCACCACCCUCUGUGUGAGCUCCACGAUAUCCCUGAUCACCCGGAGCGCCCAGGAAGGGUGCGCGCCAUAAUGAAUGCCUUGACCAGGAACUACCCGGACAUGACAACCAUGCUGGCGCCGGAGGCCACUGUAGAGCAGGUGCUGCGGUUCCACGACAAGCCUCACCUCGACAAGAUCCUGCAGCUGUGCUCGGACUCGGAGAAGGCGGGCCGAGCGGCGGAGGCUAAGGCCUCUGCUUCCGCCUCCUCGAAGAGCAAGGCGUCGAGGAGAGGGAGUCCCGCCGCUGACAGGCACGUCUCGCCGUACGCCGGGAUCGUUCAGAUCGACCCGGACACGGCUGUGAUGCCGGCGUCUCGCGCGGCCAUCUUCAGGGCGGCUGGGGCGGCGUGCUUCGCCGUGGACGAGGUGAUGUCGGGAGGGGCGGCGAACGCGUUCUGCUGCGUCCGGCCUCCCGGGCACCACGCCGAGCCGGACAGGGCCAUGGGUUUCUGCUUCUUCAACAACGCCCCCAUUGGUGCCCUCCACGCGAAGGCAAGCGGUGCGGCGCACGGCGUCGAGCGCGUUGCGGUAGUCGACAUCGACGUUCACCACGGGAACGGUACCCAGGCGCUGUUCGAGGAGGACCCCACGACGCUCUACGCCUCCACCCACCAGGGCCCCAAUUUUUAUCCCGGUACCGGGUUUGACGACAUCACGGGGGUUCACAGCAACAUUUUCAAUGUCAGCAUGGGAGACGGGGAAGGUUCCCGUGGGUUCCGCGCGGCGUACUCGGAGAAGAUUCUGCCCGCUCUGGAAGGGUUUCGACCAGGCCUGAUCGUGAUAUCUGCAGGAUUCGAUGCCCACGUCGAUGACCCCCUGGCGGGCAUCACGCUGGACGAGGACGACUACCGCUGGGUCACGGAGAGGAUCUGCGACGUGGCAGAGAGGGUGUGCGGCGGGCGCGUGGUGUCCAUCCUGGAAGGCGGCUACAACCUGCAGGCCAUCUCGGAUAGCGCCGUCGCCCACGUCCAUGCGCUUCGACAAGCCGCCGCCGCACCAGCACCAGCACCAGCACCAGCACCAGCACCAGCACUAGCAACGGGAACAGCAGCAACGAAGGAAGCAACACAAGCAGCGGCAGCGAAGAGUCCGACCAAAGCCCCGCCUUCGGGAACGGGCAUCGCCACGAAGGAAGGGGGUUCGAACGGGCCUAGCGUUGGAAGCCCUGGAAGUGCCUCCUUGGUAGAAGAGGUCUCCAGGAAGGACGGCGGUAGCAGCGGCGGCGGUGGCGGUAGCGACACAAACGUUCCACUAACGACCAUGCCGACGGCCGCGGCCGCGGCGGCGGGGGUCGCGGAAGCUUCCGCUGACGGCGGUGGAGGACCAGAAGAACAGGGUGUCGAGGGCGAAUCGGAGGGGUGCGACACGUCGUUAGGGGUGAGGCCGGAGGAGCAUGAGGAGAUCGACUUGAUGCUCGCCCAGCUGAGCCUCGAAGAUGCCGAUGGACAAGUCAGCAGCGAGAAGUAUGACCCGAAUCCGUUGUAGUGGCAGGGGAAAGCGACAGUGACCAUUUGUAGAACGCGGUGUCGGUCGGUGUCUUGGAGAGAGGCAAAAACUGGGUGGAGUUGUUUCACGACGGCGUUGGUUUUUUAGGCGUUACAUACAGCCAUUGACACAUGGCAGAGGAGUGUAGGGCGGAUGAUGGGUGGUUUGAACAGCUCGCUUCAUGACCGACCAUGUUAGGGUGUGUACAGCAAUGUCUCGUUCUGGAUUCGGAGACUGCGGGCGGUGAAGAGAAGAGGUUAAGUGGCAAUGGGAGGACACCAGGAUGUUCGUUUUUUGUGUUGAUGGGCCCCGCCGUGCACCGCAGACUUUGUACCGUCGGGAGUGUACUGUAGUACAUGUAAUGCCUAUGCGGCUUUCACUAAUAGCGUGCAUUGUGCAGCAGUCAUUUAAGAGUCUACUACUGGAUCUACGCUGCGUAUUGGUAUCUGUUGAGAAGAGCGCGCCUUUCGCACGGUGGUUCUUCAUUGUCGUUGGACGUGUGUAGGUCAUCUUGUACAGAUUGCAACGUGUGUGCAUGAUAAUUUAUUUCGGUUUUCAUUUUUUUGCAUGCGGGUGCCGCCGGUUUAUGGAUUGCCUCCAGUUCCUCUGAGAGGGUCGGAAACAACGUCUUCGAUUUAUGUAGCAAUGAUGUUUUCUUGUGCUCGUCCUUAGUUGAGGGCUAAUUUGUAAUCGCGGCAGUUCGGUGCGUUUGACGACAUAGAAGAAGAGGGUGCAAUUGGUAAGAGACAGUUGGCUAACGACGAUCCAUCAACGGAAAUCGCCGCUUCGGCACGGUGCUCAAGGGGAUCACAACCCUGCCCAGGGGGUCUCAGGGGGUCUCACUCGAUCCGCGACUGAUAGUAGUAGUUCGAUGUGCCCUUCUUUAUGUCGAGAGUUGCCAGCAGUACACCCGGAGGCGAUCGGCAUCCACCCGUUCUCGUUUUCUUCGCCCACAGCAGUAUCUGGGGGCUUCCACUUGAGCCUGGGCCUCUUGGUUUGUUUCUGUUACGUGAGAUCGAGGAGUAAGGUGUUCACUUCCGACUGGACUUGCUGUUUAUCUGAUCCCCCUACACCAUACUGUUGCGUAUGUGGCAAACCAUCCGACCGCCGCCUCGAUGGCCUAG